AUGCACAGGUCCAUCUUGAACAGGUUCUCCAACCCUCCUAUUGUCAACAUUGUCAACCAGACACCAGACUUAAACACUCGCAAUGAACUGGCAGGGAGCGACAUCUAUCUUAUCGAUGCAAUCAAAUACAUGUUUUCGGAAGACCAAACAACAGCUAUGAGGUGGAGCGUUGCAUUUCAGGCUUCGUACGGCGUGAAAUGGUUAUUUGUUACUCACAAUUUGAAUAAUCCUGCCAAGAGCGUGUAG